AGUAUUUUUUCCUAUCUAUAGAAAAAGUUAUGACAGUUGUCAAUUUGUUUUUUAUUAUUUCAAAUAGUUUAGAAUUAUAGAAUAAAAGUUAAUCAUUUUAUCUUAUUUUAAUCAAAAUGAAUGAUGAAAGUAUAAAUGUCGUGACUGAUAUUUAUUUGUACUAAUAAAAAAUUUAGCUUGCUGUAAAUAUAUGUUUAUUGUAAGGAAACAAUUUUCAUAUAAGUAUUAUUCAUGCCUUUUUGUCUAAAGCCCAAUCAAACUUCUACAAUGGAAGAAUAUUCUGUGGUAUCAGAUGUCUCGGUAGUAGAUGUCUAUGAUAUUGCCUCAGAAAUAGGGAAGGAAUGUGAAAAACUUAUAGAUCUUUUUGGUGUUGAGUCUGUAACAAAUCUUAUGCCAAAAGUUAUUAACGCUUUAGAAUUGCUCGAAAAUCUUGCAAUUAAAAAUGAAAGAGAAAAUACUACAGUUCAAGAAUUAAGGGCUAAAAUUAUACAACUUGAAAGCGAUAAAAUUGGAAAAGCUGAGGAUAGACAAAGAUUUGAAAAAGAGUUGGAGCAGAUCGAAGAACAUUGGAGACAAGAAUCUCGAGAUUUAGUUGGCAUGGUAACUAGAUUACAAGAAGAGAAUAGACGAUUGGCAGAAGCUUUACGAGAAUCGCAAAGUGAUAGUCAGUACAGCGGUAAACAAACUUUUACAGCUAGUCAAGAAGUGGAUGUUUCAGUUUUACAACAUUUAAGAUCUAUGAUAGAUAAGCAACGUGAUCAAAUUAGAGCAAGGGAUCGAGAACUUACACAAAAGAAUUUAGAAAUAGAAAAUCUAACAUCACAAGUUGAAAAAUUUGGAGUUGUUGGAAGAGAAUUAAAACGUAAGCAACGCCAAGCACAAAUGCAAGCACGUGGUCUUGUAGAGGAAAGAGCAGAUUUCUUAGCACAACUGCAAGAUCAAAAUCGAGAAUUAAUACAACUGAGAGGUAGACUUGGACUAGCCAAAAAAGAAAAUGAGGAUUUAUCUAAAUCACAAGGAUGUCCUGAUCUGACAAAUAAAGCUGUAUAUGAUCUGGAUGAUCCAGAUAGACCCAGAUUUACUACUGCUGAACUAAAAGAAAUCUUGCAUGAAAGAAACGAAUUAAAAGCAAGAGUUUCAGAUUUGGAAGAUGAAUUAGAAUAUUAUCGACCAAAACCAGAAAUACCUAUAGAUGACAAAGAUGCACCUGUACAAGGUCCUCUUCCUUAUGAACCAGAUGAUGCACCUUGGAAAAAAUCAUCUGAGUCUGGUAUUCGUAAAUUUUUCCGAAAAAUCUUCUCGGAAUCCAGCAGCAGCUUUUUAGGAGGCAGUAGUCCUCGACGAAGUCUUUCCAGUCUUUCAAAAAUGGCACUAUCCAGUAACAGCACUUGCGAUGAAUCUAUGUAAUGUAUUUUUCAGUUGUUUGGUAUGAAAACAACUAUAUAACAAAUUUUCAAAAAAUUUCCUCAUACAUAACGUUAAAAAAAUCAUUUAUAAAUCUAGAGAUUUCUUUAACAUCAUAAUAUGAUACUGAUUUAAUCAUUUAUUAGAACAAAAACGAUAGAUAAUGUAAUCAUUUAGAACUUAGUUUUUUGAUAGACACAUACAUAUAAGUAUGCAAAAAUAAUGAAAAUAAUUACAGCUCUCAGAAUAAUUGAAUAACAUGGUAAUUUGAUACUUAGCGAUACGUAACAAGAAUAAGCUUUCACAAUCGAAACGUAUUGAAUUUUCUCUCUCUAAAACUAUCAUAUUACAUUGAUCUAUUUAUUAUACAACCAGACUAUAGUAAUUAUUUUUCUGUGACUCGAUAUCCAAAGGUCAACAAUAUUUAAUAAGAAUUGUUCACAAUGAGAAACGAAUUUCAUCGUAUAUAAUAUCAUUUACUUCAUAUAUACUAUUUAUAAUUUGCUUCCAAAGUUUAUCUCUUUAAAAUUUUUUAAAUAUAUAUAUUUUUUUACACAUAAAGAUAUUUUAAACUGCGAAUUAUAAACAUGCCAAGUAAAAACUAUAUUAUUCAUAUUCAGUAAAGUUUAUUUAUCUUUUUAUAUAUAGGUGAAAGACAUAUUAAUUGUUAUCAAAAAUUUGGUAGAGAUAUUCAAUUUGCAUAAAAAAAUUCACUUUUUGAAUAUGACGCAAAGGAUGCAAAAGAAUCUUUCCAUUACAUAUCUAUAAUUAGCACCUAUAUUAUUACUAGAAAAUUACAAAAAUGACAACACUUUUGUGCCAUUACAUGUUAAUCUAGCAAUGUUAUACACAACGUGUGUUAGAUAUACACACACAGCUCACUUUACACUUUGUAAAUAUGCACGGAACUGUGAUUAUUUUAUAAUCGCAUGUUUAUUAUUAUUAUUACUAUUAUUUAUAAAAAAAUUUCUAAAACAAAUAGAUUAUACAAUAGUAUAAUAACGAAGUAAUUGGUAUUGCAUAUAUAUAUAUAUAUAUUUAUAUAUAUAUAUCCAG